AAGGCAAGGCAUCAUAUCAUAUUCACUUUAUUUGCCGUUGUAACCACUCUUUGAGCGUAUUCACUGGGCAUUACCCUUGUAUUACAUGUCUCAUUCAUUUUCCCAUUGCUGUUCUCUCUACUUCUGUUCUAUCAACUGUAGUGAUGCCACCAACUCAUGGUUACAUAUGUGCAGCACCCAGACUCCAGACACAGAACAGGAGGCUCAAGAGGUCGUCAGUGAGAUCAUCAUAGAGGAGCCAGAGGCUGCGGCGGCGGAGCCUUCCAAAGAACCCACAAAUGACAUAGAGAUGGAGGUGUUGGAGCGGGUCCAGCUGGAGCAGGUGGUGGAGCUGAGUAUCCUGCUGAAGGGAGAGAGGUACAGCGAUGCUCUCAGAGACCCUGCCAGCCUCCAGUACCAGACACUCAACCAGCAGUUCACUGACAAGAUAAAGGAUGCUGUGGGGGGACUGCCAGGCUUUAAGAGUGUGGCUGUGCUGCAGUUCAGGCUUCAGAAGGAUGCCCAAGGGUUGGAUGGUGUGGUGGUGGUCUAUGCAGUGACAGUGGAGGUGGAAGGGGAGGGGGUGAGCAGUGACCAGCUGGACUACCUGACCCUGCAGUCCAAUCUGGUGGAGAACUCCUACAGAGAGGUGAAGGAGAGGAACUACAUCACCGAGGCCCAGCACAAGGACAACAUCAUCAGUGAUACAACUCUGGUCCUGGACCCUGACUCACUGCAACUAUAUACUGUGUCCAGUGUUAAUGAGUCCUUUGAGCCCACUGCUGGAAUACCUGAGGAUUACACCAACGGCAGUGUGGAGGACAUUUUGGCUGUUGAGAUGACCCCAGACGCCCCCGAGGUUGAAGCUGAGGAUGUAGCGACGGGGGAGAAUGAUGUCAUUGUUGUAGAGGAGAGCAUGACCCUCCCCGCUGAGCUUGAGGUGACCAUCGAUGACACAAGCAUUGAGGAGGAGGUUCUGCUGUUGGGGAACACUGUGUCUACAGAGAGCCCUCUGUUGGAGGACCUCCCUACAGACCCUACCUCCCCUGAGCAGCCAGAGGGUGCUACGCUCCCCGAGCCUCCUGUGGAGAUAGAGGCCUCUGGUUCAGGUGUUAAAGUACUGAAGGACUUGCACUUCCAGCCUGAGGAAGAAGAAGCCAUAGAAGAAGAGCCAGCUCCAGAAGAGGAACUGACCAUAGAAGAAAAGGUAGUUCCGGAAGAGGUAAUCAUAGAGGAAGAUAUCCAAACAGAGGAAGCAGAAGCGGUGGUCUCUGAGGAAGAUGAGGUAGAGGAGGAAACAGUGGAGGUCCCUGACACAGUAGAGGUUCUAGAAGAGGAAGCUGGACCCUCUGAAGAGCUGGAGUACUCCAUCAUAGAGAUGGAGACCAUUGAAGAGGUAGAGGCCCCUGCCUUCGUCCCUGUGGAAAGGAUGGAAGCUCCCGAGCCAGUGGGGGACCUCAGUGUCCCCGAAAAUCCCCCUGCCAUUGCGACUCUGCCCCCAGAUGAACCUGAAGAGGAGACUAACGUGGUGCUGGCUUAUCCAGAAAUACCUGAAUAUGGAGUGGAAAUUGAGAGCUUAGAGGGACCAAUCACAGAGAAGCCAGUAACUAAAGAGGAUGCUCUGGAAGUGGAGGAAGAGGUGGCAGAAGAAGUGGUCGUUGAAGUUCCGGACAUUUCUGAGGAGGACUUGGUAGAAGACGAGAUCUUAUUGGUCGAUGAGGCUGCUCCGGAGGCCACCCACACCACCCCUCUCUCUGCGGAGAAAGAGUCACCCUUCACUCGAGUCUCUGAUGUCAUAGUAGAUGAGGAGGUUACAGAGGCCACGGUCCUGGACACAGCCGCAGAACCAGAGGCAGAACAGGAGGACCAAGGGGUCACCCCAGCUCUCAUACCCGCCGAGUACCACCCUGGUCCAGACAUUUCUAUCACUCUGGAGCUGCAGACGAUAGACCCUGUGACAGACUAUGACCUGGUCCACUUUGGCGGGACAAACCAAACAGAGGAAGGGAGCAGUGGGUACCCUUCUGGAGUGGUAAAUAGUACGGACCACAGCAUUGCCAUGCCAAUCAACCCUGGGCGGGCUCUGAUGGUGUUCUUCAGUCUGAGGGUCACCAACAUGAUGUUCUCAGAUGACCUCUUCAAUAAGAGCUCCGCAGAAUACAAGGCCCUAGAACAAAGGUUCCUCGAGCUGCUGGUCCCCUACCUCCAGUCCAACCUUACUAACUUCCAGAAUCUGGAGAUCCUGAACUUCCGGAAUGGGAGUAUCGUGGUCAACAGCCGGAUGAAGUUCGGGAGGCCGAUGCCUCGCGGCGUCAACAAUGCAGUCUACUUGAUCCUGGAAGACUUCGCUAACACAGCCUACCAAACUAUGAACCUGGCCAUUGACAAGUACUCACUGGAUGUCGAGUCAGGUGACCAGGCGAACCCGUGUAAGUUCCAGGCGUGUAAUGAGUUUGCCCAGUGUUCUGUGAACCGCUGGUCUAGCGAGGCGGAGUGUGUGUGUAAUGCUGGCUACUUCAGCGUUGAAGGUCUGCCCUGUCAGAGCAUCUGUGAACUGCAGACAGACUUCUGUAUGAACGACGGGAAGUGUGACAUCAUACCUGGACAGGGGGCCAUCUGCAGAUGUCGUGUAGGGGAGAACUGGUGGUACCGUGGAGAACACUGUGAGGAGUAUGUGUCAGAACCUCUGGUGGUCGGCAUAGCGAUAGCCUCUGUAGCAGGUUUCCUAUUGGUGGCAUCUGGUGUGAUCUUCUUCCUGGCGAGGACACUACGGGAUCAGUACGAUAAGGAUGAGACCGAGGACCCCAUACGGCGAGGGGAGAGUAUCCCGUCUCUAGAGAGGGCCACUAAAUACAACCCCAUGUAUGAGAGUGAGGCCACGACGGGCUACAGCCACUACUACCGCCGCUACCCAGAGGCUCCGGUCUACAGCAGUGCCAGCGCCGAGGCCUCCACAGACUUCAGCAGUGAGGAGAUACGCCACAUCUACGAGAACAGCGAACUGACCAAGGAGGAAAUCCAGGACCGGAUACGUAUCAUCGAACUCUAUGCGAAGGACCGGCAGUUUGCAGACUUUGUGCGGCAGCAUCAAACUGCCCUGGAUACACGCAGACAGAGCACCCUUGAUAAACGCAGAGAGAGCGCGUCCACGUAGACCUGUAUGGGACACUCAGCUGUAUGCCGGACAACAAGGUACCUUAUCCUUAACUUUGCUCUUUCCCCGCCCUGCUCGUCCUCCUUUGUUAGUGCCUUCUCUCGAUUGGGUGAGCUCUGCUGGAAUGGGUGUGGUGGCUGUGGGCAUAUCUGCUGCUCAUUGGAUGUCUUCCUUUGGGGGAAGACCGGCCUCCCUCCAUCUGGAAUCAUAUUCGUUACUUGAAAUGAUGACAAACAAAAUGCAAUGCUCUCUAGGAUACCCAUUCUUUAGGUAGCAGAUAAGACCUGAUAGAGUAUUACAUUUGCAUUUAAUGUCAUAUGUCACCCAGUUGUUGAUGGAAGAAUGUAGCACUGUGAAAGUGUAAAUAUUUAUCCCAUUGGAAUGUUGGAUAGGUACUGUAAGGUGUGAUUAUCACUGUUUCUGCUGAUGUGUUGUAUGGACUGUUAUGGUUAAAGACUGUAUGAACUAGAGACUUUUCUUAAAGGGAUGGUCUAUACCAGUGGUGCACAACUCAGGACCUCAGGCAGCUCAGGCCCUCUGGCAACUCAGGCCCUCUGGCAACUUCUGCAGGGACUAAAAGCAGCAGAUAUUGUUGCCCUCUGGACCAGAGCUGUGUGCCCUUGUUCUAUACCCAGCUGGAGGUUGUUGGAGAUUGAGCUCAGUUGACUGGCCAGUGUCUGUGCUGUUCUGGGUGCUAUGGGAUCUCUGUUGUCUGAGUUUCUGGCUAGUAGUAAGCCUAGGUAGUGUUCUCCUGAAGUUGGGAGAAGCUAGUUGGAUGCACUCUGUGGGCAGAUCUUAAAUCUCAGCCCUCUAUGGCUCUGGUGAAAAGUAGUGCACUAUAUAAAGUAGUGCACUAUAUUGGGAAUAGGGUGUACUUUGACAUUUUAAGAAAAGUGGACAAAUGGAGGGUGAAUCUUCAAUUUUUGUUCAGCUGCAAUAAAUUUUCCCCUCUUCUUUCCCUCCUUCUCUAUCCCUCACUCUCUCACUCUACAUCAGGAAGCAGUUGGAGUUUGUUUUCUAUAGGAAAAAAAGUAUUAAGAGAGAGAGGGGGAGGGAGGGGGAGGGAGGGAGCGGGGGAGAGAUUUUGUUGAAGGACCAAAAUAUAAGUGAAAACACAUUUAGAAUGGAAACAAUCUUCAAGGGGAAAAAAGCAAACCAAGGAUUUGAUCAGGCAGUCUGUUUCCAGAUAUGUGUUAGAAAACAUUCAACAAAUUAUAUAAAAUGUACAUGCAUAAACAACAUGUGCUCUGUGGAUAAGCAAACUCUUAGCAGCAGCUUUCAAAUCAAAUAAAAAUGAACCAGAAACUUCAAAAUGGUCCAUUCUGUAACAACUAGUUUGGACAUCAUCCUUGCUUUACCCUGUAAGUAUUUCACAUGAGGAGGACUGGUUUACAGUGAAUCCUCAUAGUUACAUCUCUUCAUGCUAUAGGUUUACUUUUCCACAUUUGUCUUGACUGUGAAUAGUAAUAGGAAAUCAUAAGAAUACACAGAUCGAACUCAAAUGGCAAUAUAUUCCCUAUAGUGCACUACUUGCCUAAAGUAGUGCACUAUAUAGGGUAAAGGGUCCAUUUGAGAUGUGGCCACAGACAUGUAAGAUAUUUCCUGAUUUAGGUUUACAUUUCAUGUUGUCCUGUCCUUUUCUCUCAGGCCUCUGUAUGGCUCCACACAAGCGAGAACACGGGUUACUGUGGUUAAGCACAAGCUUACCUUCCACUUAUGAUAUAUUCAUGCCUUUUCAAUCUGUGUGUUCAUUUUUAUAUACAUGUUCUCGUGUGCAUAAACUGGUUUUCUCAACAUUCUCUUCCUUCAUCGGGACUCAUAGCCAAUGGGAUGGAUCCAGAACGCUGUGAUGUAAAUACUUUGAGUGUUAUGGUAUGUUCUUUACACUAGUGUCAACGGAAUGUGCUUGAAAUGUUGACAUGUUUUGUUGUACAAAAAAAAGUUUUUUUUUUGUUUUUUUUACGUAAGCACUGGUGGAUAUUUAAACAUAUUACAUUACUACUUGCAGUUAUGUCAAUGUUUAUUCUUAAAAAAGAAAUAAUAAAAUGAAGCAAUAAAUAAAAA